GGUUCGAGAAGUCUCUUCCGUCGAGGAGUACGGACCGCGCGUUGUGCCGGCUCCCUCGUCCCGAUCGCAAAUCCGUGGCCGAUUGACGCUCGUUUCUUCCGCGUCCGCGUACUUGUGCAGGAUCUCUCCGUAGUGAGAGCAAGCGAAUCAGACGUCGGUGCGAGAGAGUGAGCCGAAGGCGCAUUGGGUGUGCGGGUUGGAAGAGAAAGAGAGAGAAAGAGUGACGGAACGGCGAGUGGGGCAAGCCGCACGACACGUUCAUCGAUUCGUCUCGCCGCUUCCACGGUCGUGUGCAGAACGCGGUGGAAAAGGCAAAAGCUCGCGUGCGUGCGUGUUCCCUUUGCGUGGUGUUCCCCGAAGUGUUUCUUGCGAAAUCCACUGGUUCCGAAGUGGCACCAACGGCAGCAGAAAUCCGGGAAAAUAGGAUCGAAAUCGCGGGGUUGGUUUCGCCGGUUGGCUCGCAGCGACGGUGAGCUGAGCAUCUCGAGAUUUUCCGGCGUUUUUCCACUGCCGGAGGGCAGUUUUCCUCGCGCGAUUCGCGUGUCGACGGGCGCAACCUGGCGGUGACGAGCGAUAGCGCUUCUGACGGGGCUGUACGUCCGCUUCGACCCGGUGGUGCUGGUGGUGGUGGUGGUGGUGGCCCUAUCGCGAGGAACAGGAGAGGUUAUGCCGCCGCGGGCUCGAUGACGCUCCUCUGACAGCAGUGGCGGUGACGGUGGGACGGAGCGAAGGUGGCAACGGUCUCGUCGGGAAGUGUCAAAGCUGGCGCGCGGGGCGGAGGAGUCAGCUGUGGUCUGGCUUUGGUUCCGGUGGUAACGGCGGAAGCGAAAGCAGGAGGCGAGGAGGCGGUGCCGGGAGAGGCUGGUGGUAGCUCCGACUUGGUUGGGAGGAGGCACGGACUUCACUCUUAUCCUAAUCUAUCUUUUCUUUCACUUCUCACCCUGCCUUACGGGGGUGGUAAGCUCGGGAGCAUCCGCCAUCGGUUGUCAAAAAAGCCGCUGACGGCGUGACACCGACCCCGCGACUAACCCUUCCUCGCGCGAGAGAUUAAACACCGCACGCAGGAGGCGCCGCUAUCCGUCAUCACCAUAGGAAUUACGUUCUGAAUCCUCUCCGACGGGAGGAGGGAGCCCCCCCCCCAUCAGCCCCCCUCGCACGCGCGACUUAUCUCAGCCCCGCUAACGGGCACUCAUAAGCUUCGUGCAUCAUCAACCAGAAACCAUGAACGAACUCGACAGCCUUCGUCAGGAGGCGGAGACGCUGAAGAAUGCUAUUCGGGAUGCCAGGAAAGCAGCAUGCGACACGACCUUGGCCCAGGCCACAUCGGGCAUGGAACCUAUCGGUCGCAUACAAAUGCGUACAAGACGUACGCUUCGCGGUCAUUUAGCUAAGAUUUAUGCGAUGCACUGGGGAAGUGACUCGAGGAAUCUAGUCUCCGCGUCGCAAGAUGGCAAAUUGAUCGUUUGGGAUAGUUAUACCACCAAUAAGGUUCACGCGAUCCCAUUGCGAUCCUCAUGGGUAAUGACUUGUGCAUACGCGCCCUCCGGUAGUUACGUAGCGUGCGGUGGGCUGGACAAUAUCUGUUCCAUCUAUAGUCUUAAAACUAGGGAAGGGAAUGUCCGGGUGAGCAGGGAGCUUCCAGGACAUACUGGCUAUUUGUCCUGCUGUCGAUUCUACGACGACAACCAAAUCGUCACCAGCUCCGGCGACAUGUCUUGUGCUCUAUGGGACAUCGAGACCGGUCAACAGUGCACCUCGUUCAUCGGGCACACUGGCGACGUAAUGUCCCUGUCGUUGGCGCCGGACACGCGCACUUUUGUGUCUGGUGCGUGCGACGCCAGUGCGAAGUUGUGGGACAUUCGGGAGGGUUCUUGCAAGCAGACUUUCCCGGGCCACGAGAGUGACAUAAAUGCCGUCACGUUCUUCCCGAAUGGAUACGCUUUCGCGACAGGCUCGGACGAUGCGACCUGCAGACUCUUCGAUAUCAGGGCGGACCAGGAACUCGCGAUGUACAGUCACGACAAUAUUAUUUGCGGCAUCACCAGCGUAGCUUUCAGCAAGAGCGGUAGAUUAUUGCUGGCGGGCUACGACGAUUUCAACUGCAACGUCUGGGAUUCCAUGAAGACGGAGCGAGCUGGAAUCCUCGCUGGGCAUGAUAAUCGCGUGUCUUGCCUCGGCGUUACGGAAGACGGCAUGGCGGUAGCGACGGGCUCCUGGGAUUCGUUCCUACGCAUUUGGAACUAACUUGGGGUUCCUCCCAAGACGUUUCUUCAAAGAACCAACUACAGUCAACCAGCUUACAGCAUAAGAAUCAAGUAUCACCAUUUGACCACCGAGCAAGUCGGCGUGCCAGCAGCCACGACGCUGGCGAAUAAACCGCCAGGUUCACCGGAGUUGACGCUGAUCAGAAACUUUGGAUACCAGAUUAACAGUAGUAGCGGCAGCAGUAGAAGCAACAACAACAAUUACGACCGCAAGAAGAUCUACGACAGCGGCGGCGAUUUCAAGAACGUUUUGGAUUGUGGUGGUAAAAAAGACUUUCGCGACAGGCGCAUUGUAGUUGACUUGACCUGGCGACGCGGUAAAGUCGGCGACAAGGACCACGAAUAUCAACGCUUCUAGGAAGAAUUGAUUCGAGUAAGGUCGAAUACGAAGAUACAUCGCGGUAAAAGAGCGCGCGACGAAGGGCGAGACGCAAGUACGAGCAAGGUCUUGACUGUCGUCAAGAUUCCUCUGUGGCAUUGAGCGCGCACUUUCUUUUUCUCCUCCCCUUUCUCAGGGACUUCGCGAAUCUUUGAGAGGCACGUGCUGUUCUACACCUUGAUAGUUCUUUUCCCACGAGGGUAGUCCCAGUCGAGGAUUCCGAAGUUUGAAGGACGAACGACAAUCUCGCGCCGACGAUCGCGUCGAGAGAUUUACAGCCCGAACCAAGAUUUCAAGCGUUCACUGCCGAGGAGGCGCCGCCAAUGGCUGCUCUGGCAGUUGGCUGCGAGUUGCUUUUCUCACGGCACGAGACGAGAUUAUAUCGGGUAAUAUACGCGAUUAAAAUGUUGCGCCGCAAUUCGGAAAUGAAAGGACGAGCAGCCAAAGUUACGAUAAUCCCGCAAUGAUACCGUUCGAGUCACACGACGCACACUGAACGCACACGUGUAUCGAUAGAGAUUCACGACGCGAAUUUCGUACACCUGCACACGAAAACGAGUGAGCGAAUAAAAUGAAGGAGGAAAAGCGCGAACCGUUCACAAACAGCCUCGAGACACAUACGAAUCACACACAUUCGUCACGCGAGCUUCGCCCUCGAACAUCGAGGGGGAAAAAAAAAAAAGAGAGAGAGAGAGAGAGAGAUGAGAUCACUUUUCUUACCACGAUAAUACGCCGACUUUGCACCAUUACAACUAUUAUACUAUUAUUACUACACGAUCCCCUCGAUUAUUAAUUUGGUAGAUGUAUCGUUAUUUAUUUUGUAUAGACCUUCUGCCAUAGGCCGCCCUGCGCCUGCGUUUUUGUGAAUGCUAGAGUGACUGAGCGUGUUGUAAAAGAGCGAACGGAAACUAUGAGAGCGUGCGAACGUGGGCGAAAGGCGCGCGGUCCAUUGCCAAUACAAAAAAAAAAAAGAAAA